ACCAUAUCGUUCAACUGGUUCAUUCCAAUCGACAAAAUAGUGUUAUAUUUUGGAAGUUUCUUUAUGAAUACCGGUUGAUGUACAUAGGAGUUCCCUGUGAAAGAGACCAAUGUGUUGUUCAAUUUUAGUGAAAUGUUUUCCUACCAUUAUCCCAAGGAGUAGGAGUGAAAAAGAGGAUCGAGGUGCAAGGGUUGGUGUUGCCCUUAACCCUCGAAAUCCAUACCACGCCAGCACUGACUACUAUGCGAAUUGCACACUGUAUCCGAGCCCUUAUUGCGGUGCUUGGUCUAGCCGCUGUUGUUCAUCCAGUCACUUCUAACGAGUAUUUCAACGACACCUAUUACGAAUUUCAUCGUUUUAGACGCAGUCCACGACGAAAGCACUUCCAGGAAGAUAGGCCUCUGCAAAACAUGAUGGGGUUCGACAGCAAACUCAUCCAAAAUAGAAACUUCAAGAAAAACCAUCACGAAUCGGAAUCGAUAUUGUCUAACGAAACCAUUGACUGUUGUCCGAUGAUCGAGGAAAUGGUUGAACCCAUGGGAGGUUCCAACCAAGAUGGUCUCUACGUCGAGCUGUACAGGGAUGAAAAUUACAGACAAAGGUUCUACGAACUGUCGUGCGACCUGAACGUCCUAGACAAACCUUGCAAAUUCAUCCAGAAAAAGCUCCACCAUCUAUCCAGGUGCGUCCAGAAGCACAGCUAUACCUACGCCCUGGUGAAAGACACCCCGAGCCACCGGACCAAAAACUACCCCCUCUUUCCGACCCACGACAGCAGCGGGGCGACUUACACCCUCGACUACAUCAAGGUCAGAAGCGGCUGCAGUUGCGAAGUGAUGAGCAGUCACAACGUCAAGAAAAACAACAAGAAAAAGCGUCGGAAAGCCCAUCACAAGACUUGAAAACGUUCACUAGUGCAUGUUAUAGCCGUUUGAUUUUCCGUUGAUACCAAAGGUGACUAUGUUCGUGGUGUGUUUCGUUGGCCGUAUGGACUACUCGAUUACCAGAGCUGAGGUACUCAGACCUGAAGUACGAUACUCGGCAGUAUCCUGUAGGUGCUUAUAAUUGGAAAGUACUUGCAGUGUCAACAGUGUACUGAAACUAAGGACUAGAGUACUUUGCAGGUUAUGUAGUACUGAAGGCUUGAGUGCUUUUGUACUUGCAGCUCUGCUGAUUCCCAGGCAUUCCAUUUCGUAUGUGUUCGUUUUCGAGUUUUCAACUAUUAAAGUAUUAUAAGUUUUAAGUAAAUGGACAAUUUGUUUCUAGUCUGAGAGGAAAGAACCAGGAGUGACUCUUUUAUGGACUCAUAGUUAUGACAAUUCGAAUAUACUUGUUCUGUUCUCUACGUGAAUUUGAAGAAUGUUACUUCUGCGAUUUUUUGGGAAAUUUUCAGUUUGGCAUCUUUGAAAAAAUAUUUUUUUUGUUUCAGGGUAAUUUUUUCGUUGAAAUUAUUUCAAAUUGAGGUUUCACGUUAAUAUAAUAUUUCAGGAGCCUAAACUGAGAGUUAGUGCAGCUCAAGCUGCCAAUUAACUGAAUUGGACUGUCCUAACAGGCAGUUCUGAACUUUUUUCAACUCUAAGCUGAAAGGUUUUAAGGUUUAUACCUAAUUCGAUAACUAAAAGUUCAAAUAUGGAAAGGUAUAUUGCUUGCAUCUCAAAAACGGUUCUCAGUCAUUUGGUAUUUCUACCGAAUUUUCCGGAGAAACCGCUGCUAGAAAUGGGGAAUUCCUGACAUUUUUCAUUUGGAUAAGGAUGCCAACCAUACAACACCAAAUCUCCAUCUUUUGUUGAAUAUCAGUGUUACCAGUACACCAAAAAAAAUAUCAGUUGAUAUUUUGGAAACUCUCAGCUAAAACUUGAUAUGAUGAUGCGAAUCUAGCUCUCAGCUAAUCUCAACUAUCAGUUAGCUAGUAGACACUUUCAACGGAAACAGAAAAUGAUAUUUACUUCAAUUUGAGGUUAGAAAUUUUCGUGUAUGUACUCCAAAUGGAAGAUUGAAAAUUUCAGGGACAAGGGAAGUAUUUUUGCACUGAAGUGAGAAUAAUUUACACGUCCUUAAAAAUAUUAUAUGAAAUUAAUUAAGACUCAACAUGAGUGCUUGGAAUAAGUAUGGCUCAGGCAACAGAAUCAUGAAGACAUGUCUUUUUAAAUGUCCAUCAAAUAGAUAUGUUGGAGUUAAAGGCUUGAACAAAUUGGUUUUGAUUGGCUUAGGACAACUGGAACUUCAAUAAAGAUAGGUAUAGCACAGUUUGUUCAUCAUUUUGAAAUAAAAUGAUACUAUAUAUUUGAAAUCAAUGUUCACUACAGAGAUACAAUAGAUACUAAAAGUAAAAUAUUUGAUGGUUUGCCAAAAUACCUGAAGAACUGUAUUGAAUUUUUUAAAUUCAUAUCAUGUCAAAAAAUAAGUUUCUAAAUUGAUGUGAAUGUGAAUUAUAAAACAUUUUGUGAGUUAGUAGCCCACAAAAACUGCUAAAUACUCAUUUCAAUUUUCCCAAGCCCGUUAUUUUUAGAUUACUUGUAAAAUUGCCAUAGUUAUCUUAUGUUAUGCAGUACUAGGUACUAAUAGUAAUCUUAAAAAACUUUUUAUUCUGAAUUUUUUCUAAGGAAAAAGUAGCAUUCAGUGCUAGAAUGUUUUCAUCAUCUAUUUUCAACAUAGUUUCCAUUUUUAAAUCCAUCACAAUAUCAAGAGUCUACGCUAAACUUCAUUCAUAUUGCAGCAAUCGUAUUUUACCACAAAGAAAGUUGUGACUUCGUCAGACCUGUUUAUUCAAAUUGGUUGAACCUAUAUAUAGUGAUAACUAUAAAACUUCUAAAAAAAUCCACUUCGACUGAAAAUUUCUUAUUGAA